AAUUAUUUGUUGUCGUGUACUAAUAGUGAAUUGCAUUCAAGUUGUUAAAAUUUUUCUCAUUUCAACUUAAGUGUGCUUUAACAUAGAACUAAUUUCCUAAUGGCUAAUAAAAAAGAAGAGAAGCCACAACCAGAAAUUGAGGUUGUAAAAAUAAACAAAUGGGAUGGAUCUGCUGUAAAACAUGCACUAGAUGAUGCCGUGAAAAAUUGUCUAUUGUGCGAUCGCCCACAAUUGAAAGAGCAAUUCGGUUUGAUAAAUACCCGACUGGUGUUGUGCGCACUGGCCGUAGGUGUUGCAGUGCUGGCGCAUGGCUGGGAUUUCACACACCCCUUCCCUGAAUCUCGCCCGGUCUUGCUCUUUAGCGUAAUUGCCUACUUCGCUCUAAUGGGAAUUCUCACACUGCAUACAACGUUCCGCGAAAAGGGCACCUUUGCGGUUGCAAUCCAAAAGAAUGGCAACAAUGGACCACGAACCUGGGAAGCUAGCUCCGAUAUGAAGAAAUACGAUGACAAAUAUACACUCACUUUUUCUGUAAGCGAUACCAAGGGUGUACGUGAAGCAAGCAGCACUAAGUCAUGUGCCAAUUUCAUUGACGCCAAUGGUAUUGUGUUGGACAACUUGGUUGCAAAUGAAGUCAAUCGUUUGUUUAAUUCCUUGUCAGCUGGGAAAAAGGAUGAGUAGCUCGCUCUGUCGGAUGAAGUAGGAGUAUAAUAAUGUAUUUAAAUUAUAGUACACACAAUGAAAAUGGAAGGUACGUUGUUGUAGAUGAUGAUGGCGAUGAAAAGGUUGGACGAGAUCGUGAAAGCGCUAUGGAUGUAGCUGAUUUAGAUUUGCUGCCAUUGUGUGUAUAAUAACAAUAUAAAUGUAUAUUCUUUUACAUUAGUAAUUGAAUAUUUCCAUAUAAUUUGUAAGCCGUUUUGGAAAAUAUGCAUUUCAACAAUAAUAAUUUUGUCCAAAAGUGA